UUACUCACAUCAACGCCUCGGUUUGAGUUAUACUUCUGAAAGAGAGAGAGAGAAAUUGGGUUUUGCCUCGCUUUGCCUUCUUCCUCCCGUCUCAGUUCUUGUUUGAGUCUAGCACAGAUUGGACAAUAGUGUUUCACUUCCCUCGUCUUAGAAGGAGCAGUUAGUUCAUCUUUGCAUGUUUUCUUCGCAAGCGUAAAAUAAAAGAACCGAAUAGAAAAUGGGAGUGGAAGGUUGCACCAAAUGUAUCAAAUACCUGCUUUUCAUCUUUAAUUUCAUUUUCUGGCUGGCUGGAGGAGUGAUCCUUGGAGUGUCCCUGUGGCUCCGACAUGAGCCCCAGACAAGUGAGCUGAUGGGAUUACAGCUGGAUGGCGAGCAGCCCCCCAGCACCUUCUAUGUCUGUGUGUAUAUUCUGAUCACUGUGGGUGCUGUAAUGAUGUUCGUUGGGUUCCUUGGUUGCUAUGGCGCCAUCCAGGAAUCGCAGUGCCUGCUGGGAACGUUCUUUGCCUGCCUGGUGAUCUUGUUUGCCUGUGAGGUGGGUGCUGGAGUCUGGGGCUUCAUGCAUAAGGACCAGGUCACUCAGGAAAUGAAGACGUUCUACGACAAUGCUUACAGCUCGGCCACUUUGGCAUCAUUGAUACCCAGUAAUGAGAGAAAGGAGAAAGCAGAGGGUGUUCUGAAGGUCUUCCACGAAACGUUGCAAUGCUGUGGUACUAAUAAAGCGUCGCAACUCGUCUUGAUGCCGAGGGGACUGUGUCCCAAGUCGGAAUCGUUUCUGGAGAAGAUCACACAGACCAGCUGUCACGGUCGUAUUGAUGAGCUCUUCACCACCAAGCUCUACCUAAUCGGGACUGUUGCCUUGGCUGUGGCAGUUAUCAUAAUCUUCGAGAUGAUUUUCAGCAUGAUCCUGUGCUGUGCAGUCCGGAACAGCUCUGUCUACUAAAGCUGGAGAAGACUGGCGGCUGUCCUUCCCUAUAUGCCAUAGAACGACCUAAGAAAAGUCUUUUGUGUGUUUUCGUUUUGUUUUGUUUUGGAAAACAGUUAGCCGCUUGCUCCUUAUUUUGCAGUCUUGCUAAUUAUCCCAAAUCCAAAGUGACUUUGUAGCCUCUCUCGUGUCACCAGUUGGGUAUUGCUCAAUGCAGGAGUCCCAAGAGACCCACAGUAUGACCUCUUAUAUUCAUUUAUAUUUCUUUUAUAGUUUUGGUAUUUUUUAAAAAUCUGUAAUUGCUUGUUUUGGGUUUUAAAAGUGAUUUGAUUUGGGGGUUUAAAACUGGUUUUAAGAAUGCAUUAGUUUGGCUUACCAGAAUGGUUAAGACUGAGUAAUGCAUCACAAGGUUAGGUAACCCACACUGAAUCCAUGCUGUGUAUCAUGGUACAUUAAUCACAUUUCUAAACCCCCAUUAAGGGUAUCUGUCUGUAGAAUGCGCUGCCUGGUCAUCUGGGGACUUGGUGAAGUAUCCCCACGUCCAUUAGGAAUGAGGAAACUGAAUUUCCCCCCUUGCUGAAGAUGGUCCAGGUUGAGCUGAUGCAAUGCUGCCCUGCUUCUUAGUUCUGGUCCUGGAUCCUUGCCUCUGCUUCAUGCAUUCUAUUGUUCUGUAUUAAACCUAAUCUACAGAACCACUAUAGCAAUGGUGGGCUUAUAGAAGCAGCAAUACUGCUGCUGUUAGGCAUUCUUAAAGAAAUUGAGCAAGGCAUGUGGGAUUCAAGUGGUCAGCGUGUGUGUGUGUGUGUGUUUGUGAAGGAAAUGAGGAUGUACAGUCAGGCAAGCUUUUAUGGUCACCUGGGGUUUCUGAGGAUCCUGCGCCAACAAAACAUGGGCUUAUAGAAAGCUGCUGUAAGUGUGAAACUUUGUAAUAGAAGCAUAGCUAAUGGAUAGUGUUGCUCCCAAAAAAAAGGAUGCUUGCUACAGUCAUGCUGCCUAGUGUAUCUGUGUGCAACUGGCAGAGACUGUGUUUUUAAAUACAUAUUACAGUAUCAAAAAUAGACACCAGCAGUGUUGUUUUGAACCCCUAGGUGGUGCUAUAGUACCGUAUCACUUUUAUACAGAAGCGCACCCUGGUGGAUUGGGACAACAUUGCAGCUUUUUGUUGUGUGUGCAUCUGAAAUACAGAAAAAAAAAAAAAAGCUAAACAAAAUAAUUGCAAAUCUGUUGGUCUUGUGGCUCUUACAUUCAUUUAUGGCAAGCCUGGCUCGUUAACACAUAGAAUCUAUGCAUAUUAAAAACUGUAACUUCUAUAAACCUAUAUCAAAUUGUAAUGUAAAAAAUGUACGCUGUGGUUUUUUUUUUUUUUUUUUUUUGUAGAAGAACUUUUUCCUGGUAUGGUGUUAUUACAAAAAAUAAAAUAAAGGAGCAUGGAUUUUAGUCGGGUUGGAAUGAUUCUGAAUUCAAAUUCCCUUUAUUCUUGCCAUGACUGCACUGUGGGUGUAUCAGUGCUUGAACCCCAGUCUGCACUGCAGCCCUGAACUCUAACCACUGAGCUACUCGCACUCUGCCCUGUAUGAAACCGCUGGCUUCCCACUUCAGCUUGAUGGUCGCAGUAUGUCCAAGACGGAACUUUGCAACCCCACUCUAUCUAACCCCUAGUCUACAGAAAGCAGCCCUUUUCUACUAUAGCCCUUUCUAGUGAAAUAUAUUGAUGGCUUCUUGCAGGUGUCAGGGUUUUACCUUGUUCCAAUUCUUUUUACUAUUUCUACUCUCGCACAGAUAUCCAACAUGUGCUCUAAAACACAAAUGUAAAAAAAAUAAAUGAUUAACUACAGUGAUCUUCAGAACAAACCCAAUCUGCCAUCUAAAAACCAAGUUCCUGGAUUUUAUCGCUUUUGUUUAUUUUCCACAUUUAGGAUUAAAUGUAUUUUACAAAUAAUGCAUGCCAGUGAUUUGCUUUUUUUUUCAGUUAUAUUCUAUGUACUGUGCACAUGGCCUUCUUAAUGUUUCGUUACGAAUGCAGGGGUUCUUGAUAAAGUUUAACACAUGUUGCUCUGCCUGCCCGCGCAAUCCUUUAAAUAGCUAGGAGAUAUACCUCCAAAAUAAAUUGGAGUGUUGACUUCAAGCUGUUUUUGCAGCUUGUUCUACUGCCUUUUUGAUCGUUAUAGACACUCGUUUUAAAUGUUUCUAAAACUCCAGUUUUUAAUGGACAGAGGCUCUAGAGGCAAAACAUCCUGUUAAUUUUACAAAACUAGAACCAAACACAUUGGCGAUAUGUCAACUUUUACUGUGUUUUUAACCCAUUAUUUUGCUUUAGCAAGCAAGCCAUGUUCAAAACCCAUCUGGGUACACGUGACCUUGUGGUCUUCUUGUGUGCUGUCUUUGCUGCAAACACCCUGGCUGGAGCUGAUUUUGUUAAUGUAGAAAAUAAAAUGACUGUUCGUUCUAACUAUUUCAAAACAACUGGCAUAUAUUGGAAAAACUUAGAUCUGUUCAGUAUAUGUUGAUCUAUAGAUUUCAUAUAUUUAAAAUAGAAGUAUGUAUUAUAAAGCUAUAUAUUUUAAAUGUAUAGUGUCAUUUUUAAUAUAUCAUUAGUUGAUUAUUUUUUACUUUAUGUGAAAUUGUUAUUUUAAACAUUUUAGUUCAUAUUCAGUUGCAUUGUUAAGGAACGUAAAAUACACUUUCCAGAGAGGUGACCUCCGUUGGGAGCAGAUAUUUUUGAAAGUGACUUGAGCCCCAGCAUUGUGUGAGUAAUACGUCUCCGUACUGCAGUGGAUAAGGAGGGAGCUGGUCUGGCAUCGCAACCAAUCGCAGAAUGUUUUAGGCGUUUCAGAUUUUAAGAAAUUGUCAACGUUUCUGUAGUUGUUUUAAAAAAUGAAUCCAUAACAUUUUUGGCCAUGUUAGCAAUGUCCCCUUUUUCCCCAGAAAAAAUAAAGGCCACUGCAUAGGGUAUUCCUUUCAUCAUUUACCUUGCAUAACCUAGAAGAGAUGUUUGCACGCAGAUUACACCCUGCGUAAUUGUAAUAAUCUGAUGAGAAGAGUCAAGACCAAGCGAAAAGUACUUCGCAGUCCAAGCUGCUAAUGACAUCUGCUUAAGUGUAACACCUAAGAAUGGUGUUUAGAGACACAGGUGAUCCAGCGGCAAGCACACAGUGAGUAAUAUGGGAAACGAAAGUUAAUGAAUUCAGCACUGUGAUGUGGAGAUCUGAGGAAGGGGGAUACUGUGUGUAAAUGCAGCACGGUUUUUUUUUUUUUUUUUUUUUUAAUCAACCUAUUACGGUUUCAAAUGUAAUGCUCGGCGAUCCACUUCGUUUUAGAUGGUCAUUUUUAUUUGUGUUGCUCGCGACGAGAUUUUUAGCACCAGUGGGUUACGAUCAUGUGUAACUGAGUGCAACUCUUUCAUGGCUUGCCUGCGUGUCCGAUUUUGAGUUGACAUGAGAAAAUCUGAAACCAUCUGACACUGCUCGACGUUGAUCAUUUCCCAGUGUUAUCAGUGAUGGUGCCUUUCGUUUUAAAGUGGGUGUCAAAUUCCGAAUGUGUCUUGGUCUUGAGGAGGGGGACUGGAUGGUGGGGAGAAUUUGGGAUGAGAAAUCUACACGGGGAACCCACAGCAACACUCAAAGUAGGAAUCUGAAAGGUGCAUAUUAUGCCAGCCCUUGAAACCUGUGUAACAGCAAUCAGCCCUGAUGCACUGCAAUUAAAACCCGAUCUUUAUAAACGCAGAUCAUGCCAUUCAUUUACUGACUGACAUGCUCUCUGCAGUUUCUUUAACUUGUACAGCACCAGAUAGCAUUUCCAAAAAAAAAAAACGCAUUUGCUAUGUGCUUCUUCAGAACUGCCAAAUUAUCUUCAAAUGCUCUCGUGUCAAUGCCAAAGUCCAUUCCGAAGGGAUUUGUUCAAAUAUUGGACCUAAAAUUCGACACUCCCCCUCCCCAAGGUAGACUGACGUUUGUCGGGCCCCCUGCUGUCCAGUCUGUCUCUCGCACUGGCCCCUUUCUGUCCUGGACUGCCCUGUCAGGGGCUUAUCAUUUGACAGUCAGUCAGUAUCAUUCCUGUAUAGAGCAUGUGCCUGUUGCUGGUGACUGACUAUCGUACACAUUUGUAUACCUUCGUGCUUUUCUUUCUUCAGUGCGAAUACAGUAUGUAAUAAAAUAAAGAAUAAAUAACACUUGGCAAAGAA